GUUCAGACCUCAGUAUACAGUAAGAGGGAAAGAGUGAGGGGGACACUUCCCUCUCCAGCGUCAUUAACAAGGAAUGCGCACCAUCGCCUGAGGGAUCGGAUGGAUGGAGCGACAGGGUCAUGAAGGUAACCACAACCUUCGGGUUAGUUUUAGGGGGCCGUUACCGCAGAAGGAGCCUAUCCAUAAUUAAUAAUCCGCUGCAAAGCGAGUCGGAGCGCAACCAUCGGCGAGUCAUGUCACCAACUGACAGCGCUUCCAGAAGAGCUGACGAAGAGGACAAAGGAGGAUGAAGGAGUCAGGAGGAGAGGAGGUCGAGGAGGAUUAUAAUGAAGUUGAGUGGCAAAGGACUGUGCACCAUCGUCUCCAGCAGCGUGCUUUUCGUCUGCGCCAUGAGCGCCGUGGCAGUGGGAUUCAGAUGCAUUACUUUGGGCUCCAGGGUGCGGGCGCACUUCCAUCUGGGCACCGUGGCCGGCGCGUUUUACUCCGGGAUCCUGGUGGCUAUCGGGCAGGUGCUGAUGGGGACGGCGCUGGUCUUUUGCCAAGGCAAGCCCAGGUGUGGGAAUUUCUUCCUCUUUGGGAUCUUGGUUUUUCUUCUGGGUGUCCUCACCGCGUUCUCGGGCGCGGUGGUGGACGGGGACACGGUUUCGCUGGUGGAGAGGAAGUACGCGCACUAUUGCCUCGAUUCCAUGGAUGUAAACCCGGCGUGCGACCGGCUGAAAGUGUACCAGAGGGGUCUUGUGGCUUCUACGGUCCUUAACACACUGGAGUGUAUCCUAGGGCUGAUGAACUUGGUGAUUAUUAAGCGCUACCAAGCGGAGCAGUUUCACCGGAGACGGCGCUUGCAGAGGCGGAGCGCACGGACGAUUAUCCUUAACGAAGAGCGGGACUUCGCUGUCAGGGAGUUUCAACCGGUGUCCUACAUCAAUCUGGGGGUGUUUCACACGUUGGACGAUGUGGAUGGGGAGGUCCACAGCAGGGGCCAUCCGUCCAUAGAGCUGCCGGGGUAUUCACAGACGGAUCCGGAGCUUAACCUCACGUACCCGUUUUCUUACCCACUUCACAACGAGUUGCCGCCCGCCUACGAUGAAAUAUUCCCCGGAGAAGCGAGUAGUUGAGGGGAAAGUUGCGGUUUUGCAGUGACAAUCACGCAUUCAGCUCACUAAACUGAGAUCUAUAAGUGCAGUGCUUUCAUUGGGAUGACAGCUUUAUAUAUUACUGUUAUCCAAAAUACUUUUUAUUCAGUGGAGUUUGAAACGAUGCUGACAAUGAACUCUUGUCCAUAAACUACAAAGAGAACCUAUGGAAAGGUAAACAUAUACAGAGUAUAAAGAUUAUUUAAGUAUAAAAUGCAACCUUUUUUAUUCUCAUGACCAAUUGUAUUACCAACCUCCCCUAGUCAAAAAUAUAUGUAUUGGAUUCCUGUAGUGAAAUUGAUAUCAUAAAUUAUAACCAAACCCAUAUGGUUUUCCUAAAUGGGAAGUGCUUUUUGAUGUUACCAAAUGACAAUUAUUAACAAAUGAAAGUAACAGCAAGACUUGUAAACCUUUAAUGUUCACAUGAACAGUUUCAGAUCUUUGACGUUUGGUUUUAAAUUAUGGCAGAAUUUCAUUAGGAAUCCUGUACACAUUCCUAAUUUUUUGAAUUGGAAUGCCCAUGUAGAUGUUGCGCUAUUGUUUUCUCAUAUUGCAUAUGUUUAGCUCCUAAUAAAAGGUGUAUUUA